UCGAUGACUGUUUCAAAUGACUGUACGAUUCUCGUGAGAUCACGCGUGAUUGGAUUACCAAGGAUUGCAAACAGGCGACAGGAUGCAGUCAACAUCGCUUUUGGAUGAUGACGAACUGUCCGAGAGUUAUGAGAAUCCCGCAUACCGUUCGGAUGGUGCGAGACCCCGUAUCGGCUAUGCCCGGAUUCCUCUGAGAGUGAAGAUGGAGGGAGAAAGGCAUCCCAGAACGGGUGGUAGAAACCCUCUCCGUGAGCGAAACGAAGGGGAAUACCACCGCAUCCGGGAUGACUACAGGGACGACCCUCCUCCACGGCGGUCACCCCUUCCUCCGAGAAGGUCCCCACCACAGCCGCGUCGGUCACCACCUCCGCACAGGCGGGGGUCAUCGCCGAGGCGGAUGUCACCACCGAGACGAGGCUCGCCUCCUAGACGGGUGUCGCCGCCCAGGCGAUCUCCGCCGCUUCCGAGACGUGGGCCAUCCCCGCCACUGGGGCCAGGGCCAAGACGGUCGUCGCCACCAAGGUCACCACCCCGUAGACGGUCGCCACCAAGGUCGCCGCCAGGCCGUAUGCGCCGGUCCCCACCUUCCAGACAGCGCUAUGAGAGGGGCAGCGUGGAUAGACUACAUGACAGAGAAAGGGACCGCGGGAGGCCUAACUGGACUGGCUCGGUUGCGUCGUUGCCGGGGAGGCACUACGGAGAUAGAUGGGACCCGCCUCGAGAUAUCGAAAUUGGGUCACCUGGUUCUGAUCACCAGCGAGGAGGUUUCAGGGACAGGGACCGAGGUUCUCGUAGAAGCCACGAUGGGGACAGAGACAGUUUUAGAGACAAUAGGGGGCGCGGUGAGCGGCCUCGUGAUCAGUAUUCUAGACGGGAGGACUCAAGGGGAUCACGUAGUAGGUCACGUGAUCGCGACCCAGAGCGAGAUUAUGACUCUCGAGGACGCGAAUAUGACCCAAGGAUUCGUGAAAUGGAAAAGGGUCAAAAUGAGUCUAAAUUAGACAAUAGGGGUCAAGAAUUUCGCAACAGGGACCAUGGUUCCAGACAUGGAGUAGAUGAAAAACGCGACAUUAGAGGGCGCAACGAACCUAUGGGACAAGAGAGUAGACCACAUGACAGCCGUCCCCACGAUAGUAAAUAUGACCAUUCACCAAAGGGGACGGGAUUACCAACUUCUAGGCACAACAUAGACCAUUCUCCCAGGGCGUUUCAUGAUCACACACCGAGGCGAAAUUCAUCAGAAAGUGUAGCGAGACCUCAGUUAAUACCAGUAGGAAACUCUCCAUGGCAGGGACCUACGCCCAUUGGUACCCCGCUCAGACAGGCUCCUGGGAUUCCACCGAGGCCCGGUGUAGAUGUGAGGGGACCAAUCGAUCCAAGGCAAUGUUCCGCUGGGAAUUCUCCUAGAUAUGGUCCGGAACAUAGCCCUGGUAUUUCGGGCAAUUCGCCUCAUGUAGGACCCAGACAUGGGCCUGGGCAGAUACCCACCCCCGGGCAAGGUCAGCUCGGACCCGGAUUAGGAAAUGACCCGCGUUAUUCACAGUCUGCCCAGAACAUUCCAAACAUGAGAAAAGAUAGCCCCCUACCACCGACUCCCUCAUCAAUGCCAGCGCCCCCUAUGGAUCCCAACGCACCACCUCGCCCACAGCCUAUAGAACAACAAGCUCAGGACGCAACCAAAGGUACAGACGACGUCAACAACGAUCUAAACAAAGAUACGGAAUCUGAGGACAAGCUUAAAGCUAAAACUUUGCCCCCUAGACGCCGCAAACCUGACCCAAACGCCCCAAAUAUAGAAUUAGUUAAACGAGCAUUGAGAUUAUCCGCCAGAGCAGGUACUGCUACCUUGAAACGCAACUUAAAUCAGUCUUCCGAGGAGAAAGAAAAAGCACAACAAAAUCAACAAAACGUCGUCUUCUAUCAGAAUCGAUUUGUAGUCAUGAAUCAGAAAGCAGACGAUGAGCCAGAUGGAGACACCGGAGCCGGAAACUUAGGUAGUCAAGGCAACCGAGCGCGCCGACCGCAGAGCCUCGUUACCGGUGCGAACCAGAUGGUGCAAAACAAACCCGAGUCAGGGAACGCAUUUGACGAUUAUAUGCAGCCGGCGACGCCGCGCAUUGCGGACGCGGUUCAGGGAAACGCCACAACAAAAAUGGCUACUAAUCGCAACAUGGAUAUAGAUGAAACAUCGGUUACUAUGGAACAGCAGGAUGACCUGGAGAAAGAUAGUCACCCGAAAGUGAAAACUAAAAAAAAGAAAAAUCCCAUUUUAGCGAAAAUUGCGAGUGUUCUGCAGGACGACCGAGGCGGGAAGGGGUCUGUGGGUUUCAGUCCUGGCGAGGAAACUCACAGGGUACUAAAACGGGUUUUGAACAUUAUAUUCGUCACAAUUGGAAUACUGCUUUUUAUCGCUGUGGUCGUUGUUAUCAUAUAUACAUCUAUAGGGAAGGUGGGCACGAAUCCUGACGACUAUGUGGAAGCGGAACUUGCUGAAGUUCCAAAUGAAGUACCUGCAGCUACAUACGGGCCAAAUGAAGAGCCAAGUGUCAUCAACAUCAAUCACAUAUACAAGUAGGCCAAACUGGUAGGCCACUUCCUGGUGCUAGUGCUCUUGAACAAAGCCGGAAGCAGACGCCGUGCUUCCACAGUCUGUCUGAAGAGGAACGUUUCGUUUCGACUAGUGCCGAAAUCCGCAUUUUCCAUUAAAAACGUUCAUGCAUAUUCACCAAUGGAUUACGCAAACUUGGGUGGCCUUAAACAAUUUCAAUUUCCGAAUAGAAAUCGGAUGACUUGCAAAUGUUAAUAUGGCUAUUUUAUUUAUUAAAAUUAGGUGGUAGUUUUCAUAUUCAAAACUGGAGACUUAGGACGCCAUUUUGUACUGAAUGGCGCCGUCUAUCGUCAGUUGACGAAUCAAUGUGCUUUUUGCUGUGACGUCAUUUCUGUGUGGUCCUAUCGAAUGGGAAUUAAAUGCUGAUGAUUUUCCCAUCGAUUUUGAAUAGGAUUUGCAUUGAUUAUGUAAAUGUGUUUUGACCGAUCUCUGUUCAGUGAAAACCUGGGAUCAGGUUUGACUACUAAGUGCUUUCUUGCUGUAGUUUCAUAUCAAAGUGUCUGGAAUGUGGUUAUGAGGAACGAGGUAGGAUAGUAAUCCUGGAUAAGUUCUUCACUUUGGUCAUCAACCUGUUGAAGGGUUUUAAGUCAGCACCAGAAAGGCGUUUUCUGAUGAAAACAGGAAGGACAGCUGCAGCAACCUGGAAUCUGAUCGCGAUAACCCUGCCAUCUACUGAGUGAAACAGAAACUAUAAUUUAUGCGGAGCACACCGGAUGUGUUUCUUCGUGACUGCAGAGGCACUGUCAGUGACAUAAAAACUAUAUUCACCCUCGCACAAUUUCACCCCGUACAAUCGGUAUUCUGAACUCCGAGUAAGAGGCAUGGAAUCCGCCGGGCUCCGAGGAGCUAGCGUGCCCGAGUUCUGAGUUUCUCAUGGUUCCUCUGGAGGGUCUCAAUCAUGGCAUUUUUGAAGAAGAACUUUAGGGAAUUUGAUCCCCCUCCCCCUCCCCCCAAAAAACAUCCAAGAAUCUACAUGCCAGCAGAAAUUGACGCGUAUCGAGUACUAUCAGUGUUCGAAGGAAGCGCUGUAUUCCUAAACACGCGAUCAUCACGGACAUUGCAAUUGAGGGCCAGCCAGACACUCGGGAGAUGCUCCAAACCUGGACUCACUUCAUAACCCUCGGAGUUCAGGCAGCCAAUUUUCCUAUGUGAAUUUGCAAGGUGGUUUUUUUCUUCUUCAAUAUUGUAGCGUACUUAAAUAUAGGCAUACGUCAAAAUGUGAAUGUAUGAGACAUUCGAUAUCGACAAUGACAGAAAAUGUGCCUGGAUAAUGUGUAAUUUUGAGUCUUACACAAUUACACACCUAGAAUGUUUUAGCCUCAUUUUUCUAUUCUAAAUAUUGGAAAUUAUGCUUAGGUCUCGACCAACAAUACUGCACACCAUUUUCUCUCUCCUGGCUUGACUGAUUAGGACCUUUCUCGUGUCUAUAGACUGAUAAAUUCACAAGGCGGCUAUGGCUUAAGUUCCAUUUCUCAAUGAUCGAAGUUCCAUAUUUGGUGUCGAAGAGAGGUACAUGUAUGUGUCGUUCCAGGAUGGCUGUUGAAUGGACGGGUUUCCCUGACAUCCUAUCCUAGAAAUCAAUCCAUGAAAUACACUCGAUCAGCGUAAAUACUGUUUGUACUAUCGUAUAAAUGACAACUCUAGCUGAACUUGGUACAGUCAUGUAUAGUCGCUUGACCCCGACUGGGCCUCGACAAGGAACUUUUUUGCCUUGGCUUCGAUCAGAAUGGACUACCGUGGCGUGAAAUAUACUGUGUCGAUAAGCUAGAAAUCUACAAUCACAUUUGUAGAUGUCAAGCUUGCGUGGCCUCAGCAGUGUACAGAAACGAGAUGUUACUCGGAGUAACUGAACUACAACAUCCAGCUUCCUUCAAAGUGGUAACGCGUUUCCCCUCUUCCUUCUCUGCACUAAUAUACGUGGCUCUAAGAUGUAUUGCUAUGCAUGUCAUUAUCAUAUUUGUUUAUUUCUCUCAGGUUGGGCAAUGCAGAGAAUGCAACAUGUAAAUUCCGGAGUUUGUUUGCCAAUUUGACGAAAAUCACGGUUUCUUUGGCGUGGUUUAAAGGUAAACCAAGACCUCAUCCAUGGUUAGGGAGUGAGAUCAAAAAGCCAAUGCGACAAAGAGACCUGAGAUUCGAGAUGAAGAGGGGACUGAUUGGAAACCUCGCUCGGCACGAAAACGGUCAUCACGAAAUAUGUGUGGCAUUGGGUAUGGGUUAUAGCAAAGAUAAAUGAGGCGAGCUUGCUUUUGGUUAUAGUAACGACAGUUUAAGUAGAGUUUCAUUGUCUAUGCAUUUUAUCCUUGAGUUUAAGCCUUUCUGUAACAUCUUUUUAAAAAACUUUGUUCAUAUAUGUAGUUCGAUUGGGCAGAGAGCGUUGAGGCGGGAGAUGAUAACCAGUCCUCUGCAACACUGGUCACUUUUUGUCUUAUCAUUUGUCUCUCGCGUCACGUUUUGCUUCCGUUUGACUCUGGGAUCUGGCUAUAAGAUUAUCAGGACCGAUCAGUCUACAACUUUUAUUCAGGCUCGAGUUUUACUUAAGAUUUGACACUGAGCCAGUGAACUCGUGAUAAAUCCUUGUAAAGGGCGCAGUAUGUCAUGCACCUUUCACGGCCUCAGCGAACUUCGUAUCGACAACACCAACAAGAAAGCCUCUACAACAGUCAGGAACUCCUGCCGCGAUAGGCGGUAACUUGAUGCUGAUCCUAAAAAGCUCCCGAUCAGGUGGUUGCAUCCAGCUGUUGUCUUUAAGAUUCCCCGCAAUGACAAGGCCAGCGGCGCCUCUCGGUCAGGGCUUUGUUUUAUCCAGAUUCCAGAGAGCUUAUUCUGUCUUCACCAUCACCUUUGCCUUUCAGUCAUUCGCUGUAAUGCAUUUCGCAACAAAAUGUUUAUAUAUUUUUGAGAUUUUUGCACUUUUCCUUGAUGUGAACAUCGGAAUGAUUCGGGUAUUUCCGUUGUAAAUUGGGGUAAUUCCGUUGUAAUAUCGGUCAAGUUCGGUGUAAGUUGAGAUGUGUAGCUAAUGCCUUUCCAAAUAACACAUUUUGUCAUUGUUCAAGAGUCAUUUGUCCCGUCUCACGAGAGUGUAGCUCGUGAACGCGGAGCGUGUAUAUUAGGCCGGAGUUAUAUACGGUUCACGUUGCCACUUGUCAUGAUUCACUUGUCACGAGUUACACUGAAUUAGACUUGAAAAAACAUAGUUUCAUUCACUGUGAAUCAGUAUUAAGUUAUCAAACCGCCCGUGUUACGUAGACCUUGGAGGAAUUAUACUAGUAUAAUUAUUCAAGUAUAAUUCCUCCAAGCGUAGACGUAGGUCCUUGAGUAGUACAAAGACAGAAACGUCUUCUAUCUAACUGCGUCGACAUAUAGCUAUUGUACUGUGGACGAGUGCGGCAUAAGCGUACACUGCUAUACUGACAAGAAGCACUCUUAAAGUCGCCGCAUUCUUUGUUAUUUAGAUGGGGACGUGAACAUAUUGAUGCCAAUCUAUAUAGCCCGCACAAAAACGUGCCCAAGUGGUAUGGACAUUUACCCUGCACAACAUAGAAUAUGAUUUACGGCCUCUUCUCUCGUCAUGUAUAGCAUUGUACGGCCGCUAUACAAAACGGUUUAGCUCAAGCAAUGCUUUCUGUUGGUGCUUUGGGAUUUUAAGUUCUCUCUGUUACAAUUGUUUCGACACAAAUCAAAAACUUUACUGAUGUAAUGAGCAAUGAUGUAGUUGUUUCGCCUGCUUAUAUGCUCUGCUAUUUGUUUGGAUAUAAAAUACGGUUUAUAUUUAUUGCUCCCUCAUUCUUGGUGCAGUCGGGUGUGGUUUGAAAUACAACACUUCUUCAACUCACAUCAGGAAAUCACUUUGGGCAAAUGCGUCAUAAGCAUACAUUGCUAUACAGCCAAGAAUAACAGUCCAAUGGCCGCUUUCUUUGUUGUACGGUGGACAAGUGCACAUUUUCAUGCCGCCAGUGUAUAGCUGAUACGUGCCUGAGUGGUAUUGACAAAAGCUGCAUUAUAAGAGAAUGUGAUGAGUUGUCUUUUCUUUCGGUAUGUAUAGCACUGUACUCUUGUACCCGGUGGAAAUGACGCCUGACAGCCACACGGUUUGAGGCCAAACAAUGUAUUGUGUUCGUUUAUUUGGUCACUGGGCUUCCAUUUCUAUCGUAAGUGUAUUUCGAUCAAGGUAGUGUAAAUAGAGUUUUCAAACAUUUUAGAUGUUUAUCUGUGUGUUUUCAAGGUUUGUCCUUGAUGCAGUAGGUUGCCAUGGUAACCUAAAGAAGCAGAAGGGAGGUAGUCUUAGUUGCAGCAUUUUACACCCCUGUAGUACCAUAAAUGUGCGACAGGUGGCUUGGUAGAUUUCCCCACUCCCUUUUUUAACGACGCUGUCAUGAGUAGAAUUUUCCUUCUUGGUGUAGUGGAUGUAUACGUGUCCUUGACUUUAUAUGGCAACCUUGACAUUUGACCUUUGCAAGGUCGUUUAUAGCCGUAGUCAAGGUUAUAACUGAAGGUCUUUGAAAGGCUGUUGCAAGAUAAUUAAAUGGCUAUUAAGAUUUUAUUAAGAAUUUACCGUGGUUAGCCGAGAAAUCACUAAAUAUUCUGUGCUUCGAUCUUUUCAUAUUGAUAGUAUAAAUUGAUUGCGACUAGUCGUAAUUAUUAAUUUAGGAUUGAACGUACGUAGAUCGCAGAUGUUUACCAUCGUCUCCCAUUUUCAAAGUGCCCCGAAAAGUGUAUACAAUUGUUAAUUAAUAAAUCAUAAGCAGAUCAAAGAAACCAUCUUUAGAUCGACACCACAAUGAAGCCUUUAUUAUGCAGGUGCAACAUGGUGAGCCGGAAAUUAAAUGCACGAAUUUUGCACUCAAGGUCGUGGCGCUCGUGUUGACCGCAUGGAUGCCGCCAUCUUGUGUGUCACAUGAUGUUACCCCAAUGUCAACCUAUAGCGCCAUCUAAGUACCAUUCAUGUACAAAUCACUUCGGGUGACGUCAUCGUCAUUUUUUACAGAUUUCUUAUUUUGAUAUGGUUCUUAAGGUGUUCGGUAUAUGUUUAAGGCACGAAAUGUCUGAGUACUAAGUUUUAAUUCUGUGCAUAUUAAAAGCGAAAGACUGGAAUAGUUCAGAUUUAAAGGCUUUGUUCAACGUGCCGCAGAAAUCUACUUUGAAAAGGCCUGUCUCCACAUAAGUGUUCGAUGACGGGUAUCGUACGAAUCGGCCGUUUAAUCGACUGUUUAGAAACAAGAUGGCGAACAGAAUCGGCCGUUAAGAUAACGAUUUUUCUAAUCCACGCGGGGUUGCAUUGUGUCCAGACGUUGUCUGCCGAAGCCUUCUUCGGGAAUUAAUGGCUGUCUAUCUUCAGUCAGCGAUUACCAUUGAUGCUUUAAUCCGCCGAGAGCCACCUUUCGAACUUUUCCAGUCGUAAAUACUGCUAUGUUCGGGAGAUUUUCGGUCAAUGUCGGACAAUUCCGAAUAUAUCCGAACCUUUGUUUGCAAUCUGAAUAAAAAACUCGUUGUUGGUCAAAUUUUAAAA